AUGAAUUAAGGAGAGCAUUUAAACAAGUAUGAGGAUGAUCAAAAAUUCACAGACGGGGAUCAAACAUUCAUUAAUGAAUAGACUGAUGAUGAUAAGCGAUUCUCCAAUACCGUGGUGGAUAACAAGGAACAGAGUGGAUUGGAAGCCUUGUUAGAAUUGGAUAACAGAAAUAAGCAGGAGUUUUUGGGUUCUGAGGAGAAGAGUGUGUUCCAGGAGUUCAUUGUGAUCUGUUAGAUCAGGAAAGACAAAUAUAUAAGUGAGCAAGAUCCACAUCUUUAGUUUUUGAUGGAGAAAGCAGUGUACAAAGGUGUGCAAAAGAUUCUGAAAGCUCAGAAGAUUCAAGACAAGGAACAAUGGCAAAAAGAACAAUAACGAUUGAUGAGACUAUUCUAUUCAGACAUGAACAUUGGUUUCAUUACGUCAACAGGGCAACUGAAAUCCACAGUAUUCAUCUAUGUCCAUCAAACCAUUGCAAAUUACUUGGAUAAUCGAUAGAUCAAUUUGAAUUUCAACAAGGAAGAUCUAAAAAUCAUAGCCAAUUAUUUCUCAAUCGAUGAACGCAAUAAAUCAAGCAAAUCCAGUCCUGAAUUCACAUCACCUAUAUUGACUAAGGAGAAAUCGGAAAAAGAGUAAUUUAAACAAAAUAGUGCAGGUUCAAAGACUCUAUCUCAAAAUGAGGGAGAAGUGGAAAAUCAAUUGAAAAGAAGUCUGCCUCUAUGUCAUCAAAGCAAUUGGCUCAAAUAAGAAUUCAUCAAGAAGGAUUACUUCAAAAAACAAUUCCUCAUCCUUCAAAAAACAAAUGAAAAUGAACUCAAAUCUGGAGUUCAAAUCUUCUUUGUUUAUAGAAUCAAAGAUGAUCAAAUUUAUGCAGUCAAAAAAUCCCAAUUAGCUUCGAAUGUCAUUUCCUUUUUCGAUGUAUUCUCAACAGUCAACCUAUCAGAAAUCACCAAUGAUCAAAGAAAAAUAAGAGAAGCCAAAAUAUUGUCCAAACUCAACCACCCCAAUGUUCUAACUCUCUAUGAUUGGUGGAUCGAAGAAGAAGAAUCUGGCUACUCCCUCUACUUGAUGUCUGAAUACUGCUCCUAUCCAGGACUCAAACACCAAACCAACGAUCUGCUCAACUACGCCUAUUAUUAUCUGAAUCCAAUGAACUGCAAGGAAAAGAUAGAGCAAAUCAAAACAAUCAUGCUCUAAAUCAUGGAUGGACUAGAAUACAUACACAAACGAGGCAUCGUUCAUAGAGAUUUAAAACCUGAGAACAUCUUUGUCACCUACGGCAUCGAUUGCCAACUCCAAGUCAUGUUGGCUGAUUUCGAUUAAGGAAAAGAUGUUAGGGAAUCCAAACUCUCCAUUAUCACAGAUGAGAAACUCAAUGACCAAGAUCUCAACUCCAUCAAGUCAAGGAACACUAUCAAUUCUGGCACCAGUGGCUAUGCUACUGCCAAUUCUUAGAUCAACAAGGAGUAUGACAAAAUGGAUGAGUUCUAUGCUUUGGGUGUCACUCUACUUCAUCUGAUAUUGGCCUUCCCUGGAGAACCUAAGAAUCGCAAUCUUUACACAAAUACAUUUGCCAUCAGUGAUAUUUCAGACGUCCUCCUCCUAUUCGACAGUUGGGCUGUUAAACUAGUUCAAAACAGACAUCCUGAAUUCAACUUCUAAUAGUAUUUUCAUCUUAUGGAACUUGCAAAGGCACUCCUUGAUAAAAAAGUCAAGGAACAUGAUCACAUAAGAAAAAUCAUACAAAGCUGGUGAAUUGUUGUGUAUUAUAAUUCAUCUUUAGAUUUUUAUAAGUAUGUUUAUAUAUAUAAAUCAAAAUUAUUAA